UUUACCAAUUAUUUGCCAUCUAAGCGUCGCAGUGUUCAUGAAUAAUGAGACUGUUUUGCUGCAAAUUACUUCUAAUACUUUUGGUGGUAGUAUCCAUCUCAGCCGAGAGCAACAUAUUCAGCAAUGGAACAGAACAUCAUCGCACGAAAAGGAUCGUCAAUGGGUGGAAAAUUCAAAUUUCCAAGGUUCCGUACCAGGUGGCAAUAGUAUUUCGCAGUUACAUUGUGUGCGGUGGAUCGAUAAUUGCUCCGACGUGGGUUCUGACGGCAGCCCAUUGCUUCUACGAUCACCAGGAAGUUGUGCCAGAGUUGAAAGUACGAGCUGGAUCCGACCGGCGACACAUUGGUGGCGAGCUUCGUCGUAUUCGGUGGCAGACAAUUCACCCGCAAUAUUCGCCGAAAACGUUGCUCUACGAUAUUGCCUUGGUCAACGUAGAUUCUGCUUUUGCGUUGAACCAAGACGUAGUGUGCAUCAGAAUGGCACCCCAGGGAUACUUCCCAAUGGCGGGCAAAAUGGCGCUCGUUUCCGGAUGGGGCUUGGAAAAUCCCAAUGCUGACAAAAAGGAUCCCAGCAACUUCCCGAUUCGUUUGAAUUACGCUCUCCUGCCAAUCAUGGAGUUCCCGCUGUGCCAGCAGAUGUACCAGAAACAUACUUUGUCCGAACAUACUCAAAUUUGCGCAGGAUAUCCCCAGGGCGGACGAGAUGCUUGUGUUGGUGACUCCGGCGGACCAGUUGUUAUAAACCAGUACCAGGUGGGGAUAGUGUCGUGGGGUAUUUCGUGUGCACAGCCCAACAAACCGGGGAUGUACACCAACGUGGGGAGCUUUAGAGAUUGGAUCUAUGAGAUCAUGACGAGUAAAACAAGGAAAGGUGCAUUAGAGUGUAUUCGGUAUUUAUAGAAGUGAGAAUAAUCACUAAGUGCUAUGAAUAGAAAGUUUAAUCAAAGAUUCUCCCAUCAACUUUCGCCUCGAAAAUUUGGAGAUAUGGUAUUUUCAACUUCUACUGUUGUAAAGUUGUUUUUUUGAAUAAUUAAUCAGCUUCGCGAUGAGCUAAUUAUGAUCAUUAGCAUGAACUAAAGCCGAUUUGUAUUUAUGAGUUUUACUGACUGUGACUGAAGAACGUCAUAAGUAUGCAGUCAUUAUGAUACCAAUACAUUAAUUAACAUGCAUGCUUUUAUCCGAGGAGAAGGAUGAUGAAAACAUAAAAAAAAAUCAUCACUGACCUUCACCACUGCACUAAUGGGAUGGGAUCCCUGUGAGAAUGUUUCAUUUACAAGCCAGUGCUGAUUAAUUUCUAGGGUUCGGUUGAAUUUACUGUACAUUUGGGGUGAUUUGGCCAUUUUAUUUUUACCGAUUGUAAAGGCGUGGGUAUUCAACAUGACCAUGCUGAGGGUGACGGGUUCGAUUCCCGGUCGGCCCAGGAACUUUUCGUAAUGGAAAUUUCCUUGACUUCCUACGGCAUAGAGUCUCUUCGUGUCUCAACACGAUAUACACAUGUAAAAUGGCCAUUGGCAGAAGUAUUUGUUUCAUUCUAUUUUUUUCCUUAUUGUUAUAAAGGAUGAUGUAUUUAAUAUGUUGAAUGUUUUUUGACUCAUGUUUUGGUAAACAGGGAAAAAACUGAUAGUAGAAUACAAAUCAGAAGAAGAUGGCUCAUGCUAAAAAUUUGAUCGAUUGAUUACCACUUUUCAGCUUGAAUCUUCACCUUAAUAAGAUGAAUAUGGAAAUACAGCACUUUGCUUACAAGGUCA